GUGAGUCUGUACUUUGGGUGUGAUGGUAACAUGUGGGUGUCCUGUGCUAUUUUUUUAUUACUGUGCCCUGCCUGUUCCUUAUUUCAUAAAAUUAGAAAGGAACACGUGCCUGCAUUACUUUAUCUUAUGGGUUGAUGAUCCACACCAUCUACAAUCCCAUCACAAGAACUGCAACUCCCAUCAUCACCAGCUACACACUGCAAUGCUGUGAACUGAGCUGCCAGAUGUUAGCAUACACAGCUAGGCGAUGCUGCUUGAAAUCCUUUUAGUAAGACAGACACCCCAUCCCCCAGCACUUAAAGCUGACAGCAGCAGGCUGUGAGCACAGACAGACAGACAGGAGUACUGACAGAGAGUCCCCACUGCCCACAUGCAUUCACCUCAUCACUGACAUCAAUGCCACCAAUCACACAAGUCAGGGGGAGGGGCUGAGACAUGCCACGCCUCUCUUGGGAAACUUCAACAGAGACAAACUUGAGCUGCAGCUUGUAGUGUGAUCUACAGCCGGGAAGUGAUUGCUACAAAGUAUCAGUGGGGAGAACUCUGAGGGCUGAUACAAUGAAGUUCUGCAACACUGACUUCUAUCUCCUGUUCAGCAGCUCUGCAACACACAGACAUGAUGAGAAUCGCUCCUCACUGAGAAACCCAUGUGAAAGCAGCUCUUAUCAGGGGGGGAAUGUCACAGAGCACUAACCUGACACCUGGCACCCACCUUUACCUGCCCAGCAGUAUCUGUGUGUGAGAGACAUCAUCUUCAGAUUUUUAUACUUUUUUUGGAUUGGAAUUAAUAAAACAGACUGAUUCAUCACUGAAAUAAGUCUCCUGUAUAACAGGGACACAGAGUGUGUCUAGGGACAGCUAGAAGUACCUGUUGGGGAGAUUGCUGACACUCUGCACCUGGAUGUGACCUUAAUGUCUCCUUUGGAAAGUUACAACAUGUCUAUUGACAGCAUGGUGGUCUCUCUGAACUCCACCAGUAACAGCACUGUCCUAGGGAGACCCCCUACCAUCCCAUGUGUGAUGUUUAUAUUUGGGGUGGUGGGGAACCUCAUUGCCAUCAUCGUCCUGUGCAAAUCCCGCAAAGAGCAGAAGGAGACCACCUUCUAUACCUUAGUAUGUGGACUGGCCAUCACUGACCUGCUGGGGACCUGCUUGGUCAGCCCUGUCACCAUAGCCACCUAUGUCAGGGGGGCCUGGCCUGGGGGGAAAGAACUAUGUGAGUACAGCUCCUUCAUCCUCCUGUUCUUUGGGCUGUCUGGUCUCAGCAUCAUCUGUGCCAUGUCCAUCGAGAGGUACCUGGCCAUCAACCAUGCCUACUUCUACAAUCACUACGUGGAUAAGAAGCUGGCUGGUCUGACCCUCUUUGCCAUCUAUGUGACCAACGUGCUGUUCUGCGCACUGCCCAAUAUGGGUCUGGGGAAGACCACCUUCCAGUACCCGGAAACCUGGUGUUUCAUAGACUGGAGGACUCAGGUGCCCACCUACGCCGCCUACUCCUACAUGUACGCCGGGUUCAGCUCGUUCCUGAUCCUGGUCACGGUGCUGUGCAAUGUGCUGGUGUGCGUGGCGCUGAUCCGCAUGCACCGCCAGUUUGUGCGCAGGACAUCGCUCGGCACGGACGCUCGGAUCUCGGACUUCAGGAGGCGCCGGAGCUUCAGGAGGAUGGCCGGGGCUGAGAUCCAGAUGGUCAUCCUGCUGAUAGCCACCUCGGUGGUGGUUCUAAUCUGCUCCAUCCCCCUGGUGGUAAGUCCAACCCAGCCAUGUGCUCACACUGUACCUCCACAGGAGCUCUGCCACACCCCUAGCCUUCUGCUCCCAGAGAGUUUUAUCGUUAUUUCUUAUAUUUUCUUAUAUUAUAAUUUAUUUUUUAGAUCAUUUCUAUGACGAGGAUAACUGGGCACUAGACAUAUAAUGUAUCUCUUCUGCACUCUGAUCCACCAAUACUUAGUUUGUAAAGUUGAAAGUUAAAGGACGGAGAGGGGGUAAACUCCCAGCGCACAGUGCUAAUAUAUAAUCAUGUAUAAAAUCUGCUUGUAUGACAUUAAAUGCCAUUAUAGGCUUCAUGUAUAGGCAAGGUAUCUAAGCCAAUGUGUAGGGGAUAUGGGAAUGAUACUACAUUGAUUUCUAUUGCUGUUUACUCCAGGGAAAUUUAGUUCAUAACUUUCUGGGGUGCAAAGACCCCCAAGAGCACUGCAGUAUGAAAUGUAAAGUGUCAGGGAAAGUUUACAAGAUUUUACUGUUAAAUACAUUUAGAAUGGAACUCAGCUGUUGAUGGACUAAACACCCAUCGCAGUGAGCCAGCACUAGUAUCAAAGUUUAAAACUAUUGCACAUAAUGUACACUCUGUGCAGCUAGAGUAAAAGAUCCUCAUUUCAACAAAAACAAGGCAUUGGUGUCUAUUUUUGGCAAUGAGACAGUUGUAGAUUCCACUCCCAAGGUGCUCAGCCAACCAUUCAUGGAAAAUAGUCCACAGCAGCUGCAGUGGCAAAGCGUAGUGAAAAUGUGUUCUUGGGCUAUGGUUAAAAGAAAGAAGUUGUGAAUGUCCCAUUGUAUAGCUCUGCAGUGAUUUAUCAAUACAAAUAGUAUAUAAUGUAAAGGUGCAUCUUUGGCAAGACAUUUCUCCAUAUUUAAUACCUAAACCUUGUGUGUGACACAAAUUGCUAUAUUCAUUUCAUUGCUAGAUUAUUUUUUAUAAUCCUCUAAGAGUAAGUAUUAUUCUAUAAUGACUAAUACAUGUUACUGCUACCACGAGAAUAUAAUGGGCAGAAAUUUUAACAUUUUUGGUUAACCCAGACUCCUGCAUAAAAAGCAAACACUUAAUUUCCAAUCUAACAUGUCUUAUUCAAACAGUGAGUAAUACUUUUCUUUAAAACACUAUUGUCUUACUGAAACUUAACACCAAAUUAGUUAAAAAAAAUUAAAAUAAAACAAGCUAUUUUAAACUAUAUCUAACUGCAACUUACAUUUCAAACACUUUUCCAAAUAUUAACUCUAGGAGUUAUUUGCAAACCAAUUUUUGUUUAACCCCUUAAGGACACAUGACAUGUGUGACAUGUCAUGAUUCCCUUUUAUUCCAGAAGUUUGGUCCUUAAGGGGUUAAAAAUGCAGAGUUUUUAUAUAAAGAUUUUUUUCAAAUCUUUUCAAUUCUCAGGCGUCCAAAUAUUCAAGAAGGGUAUGACCCACCCCAGACAUUUCGCUAAAAUAAAUACAGAAAUAAUUAUUAAAUAAGUUUUUUUUUUAAAUGGUGCACAAAAUGAGCUGUUAAAAAAGACACUCACAAUUAUAUUACAGGGAUAGGCAACCUUUGGCACUCCAGAUGUUGUGGAAUACAUCCCCCAUAAUGCUGGCAAAGCACCAUGGGAGGUGUAUUCCAAAACAUCUGGAGUGCCGUAGGUUGCCUGUGCCAGUUAUAUUACAUAGCCUUGCUUUAAAAAAAGGGGUAGGUUAUCUACAUAGUGAAUCAUGGUACACUGAGUAUACCUUUCUAAACUUACUUCACAGUACGAUAAGUUGGUAAGUUAGUCUGGGUCUGAAUCCCCCCACAAUUAACUGUUUAGUAAGCAAACCCUAAAUAGCUCACCAACACUUUAAACAAGCCUGUUCUGUGUGUGUAAUAUAGUUACCAUCCCUGUUCUGCCAGUUUACCAAGAAGUUCUCUAUACACUCCACCUGAAGAUUGCAAUGCACUAUAGAUGUGAAGCAAGUUGGAAUAUUCUAAAUUGCUGUGUUAUUUAAAUUUAUAUCAGUUCCAGCCAUAUAAGAACUUUAACUGCCACACAGGGGAUUAAUUAGUCACUAAUUAUUAAUGAGCAGUGUACAACGUAGCUUCAAGCCAGUGAAAAUGUAUUUAGUGGAUAAUUUCGCGAGCAAUAGCGAUCAAUUGUUAAAAUGAGAGUAGAAGAAAAUAGUUUUGUAAUGAAAGCAGUUUGCAUCAAAUUUAUCCAGCCGUGCAAACGGCAACCACCAAAAUGCCCAGAAAAUCUUCACAAAGUCCUUGUGAACUUGAUGGGAGUUGGAGUUCAAAUUGAUUACAGAGUGAAUGGUUACCUAUGUGGUUCUGAAAUGGCUUCAGAUACAACUAAGCGAUCCAAACGUCAGGGGAACAUCCAGGAGGACAAUCUGUCAUAAAACUUUGAACGUUUGACGUCAGAAAAUUGUAAAGCGUAGUGUGUUGAUAUUGACUUCCUAGGAACUCAUUUCUGGUUGUAAUAAUUGGAAUCAUAUUUAAUGGCUCUCUCCGGUGAUUCACUGUCUCCGAAAAGUUUGAUUUUUCCUUAAAGUGAGUUAGAAAGCGAAACCCAGACUCCGCCUCAUACAUCUGGAUAGGUUUUAUUUUCUAUAUUUAGGUUAGAACUUAAUUUUUAAGUUUCUAUAGAGCAGGGGGGCCCAAAAGGUAGAUCCCCAGAUGUUGUAGAACUACAACUCCCAUGACACUUUGCAUACCUUUAGAAUGCCUUGAGAAUGACAAAGCAUCAUGGAAGCUGUAGUUUUAAACAUCUGGGGAUCUACCUUUAGAGCAACCCUGGUAUAGAGAGUAAACUCAUGUUUGCGGUCUCCACUCGUCAAAGAGUUAAAACUAAAUUUAAAAGAACAGCCUGAUAUUGGCCUCUAGGUUGCAAACAUGUAAACAAAAUAUAUCCUGUAAGUUUUCUUGUAAUUGUCCUAUGUAUAGUUAAAUCACCCCCCCCCCCCAUUUCAUGAUUCGCUUUUAUUCCAGAAGUUUGGUCCUUAAGGGGUUAAAGUACUGCUUGAAAGUAAACACUGUUAAGUUGUGUGUCUGUGUUGCUAUUAUUAUUGAAUGCUCAAUUCUAAAAUUGGAUCCAAAGCUUUUCAAAAGAGUUAGUUCCUGGCUACCAUAGUAAAACUAAGAAAUCGUUCUUUAAGCCGCUUUUCAUCAGUUGUUUGAAUGGCGAGUGGUAUGCUGUCCAAGAUUGAUGUGGUAGCUGGCAGCCUAAAUAACUAACACAAUCACCAACAUUUUUGGUUUACAGCUGACCAUCUGCUUAAAUGUAAUGUCAGAUAGAAUAUGGGAAAAAGCUCUGGCCUAGUUUGCAAACUUGCACAGAUGAUAACUUAUUCAUGGUUGUUUGUAGCAGUUUGGGCUGUUGCAAAAACUUGCAGUUGAGUCAUUUGUACUCAUUCAGCAGCUGAGAUGGAACACUUAAGUUCUCACAAAUGAACCGCAAAGCAUGUAAAAAAAAACCAACAAAAUAAGAAUCAAAACAAAGUCUCGGAAGGAUAUUAUAAUUUAAACCACACUUUAUAUGUGUCUCCAUUAAGGGAACCUUUGAUUUUUGCAUAUACCUUUUUCUGAUCUAAGCGCAUAUAGUAAAUCAUUUGUUGUGUCUUGGUAUUUUCAGCAUACCCCGCAACACAUUUUACGAGGAUACUCAAGCAUGUGUUUCGAAAACCGCUGGAAGAGUCAUGUGCAACUUGAUGACAACUUGCAUAUAGCAACUCACAAAUAAAAUCACUCGCUAAUUUUAGUAUGUUCCAAACCUAACCAUUCCUGAAAUGUAUCCCUGAAUUUUUGGUAUCUUCAGUGGAUAUCUGAAACUAGUUAUACUACAAAAGUGUACCAAAAUAACUUAAAGUCCACAGAUGCUGUGCGUUGUUUAAUUCAGGCAUUCUGUUUGUGCACUUAACAUAAGAUUUGGACAGAGCCUUUCUGCAAAGAAUCUCAGUCAAACUUAAAGUAACAUCCCAGUAUAAUACAUAAUAUAUUUAUCUAUAAUACUGGAGUGUUUUAUUAACAGUUUAGCCUGCUUUUCCCCUUGAAAUAAAGGGUUAGCUUACAUCUAAUCCAGCAAUGAGAUGAUUUUGCACUACAGCUCUGCUCCGCCCACCAAUAGAAUGCUUCUUAAAUGAAGCACUGCAGCAAAGGCUGCAUGAGCAGCAAAUGCUCACCUGUGCUGACUGUAUCUGAUAGAGAGGCAUUGAAACCAAUGCUUCUCCAUGCAAUCACAUAAAAGACACAGAACUAAAACGUUUGUACAUCAUGUUUUGAACUAGAAAUUCAGAAUCACCAAUGGCAGUUGUCUGGGUAGCCGUUUAUUGAUUAUUCAAAUUUCUAUAUAAAUCACGGAUAUUCUGUCAUAUUUUUUGCUGUGUUAUGCAGAUUCCGGAAGCCUCACGAGUACGGUGUUCAGGCCAUUAUGGAAAUGGCAACCACUACACAAGUUCAUAAUCAUUCGUUUUGUGCUCUCUGUUUUAAUGCAUCAAUUGAUUGUUGACUUUGCUUUCACUAACAAAUAUUAACUCAGCAUACAGAUAAGAAUGUUCUAAAUUCUUCUUUGUUAUCUGAGCGACUUGAUUAAUACAAUGCUAAUACCCGGUCAGCAAUAUUGUUUUUUUAUAUGACUUGUGGAUGUAGUUGAUAGUUCUUUGUGUGUUUAUUUGGGAAUGUAAUCACCCAGCUGUGUCAAUUUUGGUUGGUAACAACUGCUCCGAUACCUGAUUGCACUCUUAGUCCUUGCCAGAAGAAACAGCUCGUAAGUAAAUAUUAGCAGGCAGUGAGGGCAAUUUGCGUAUGCCUGCUAUUUUUCUUAAUUUGAUAACAUAGUUAGGGCUCACAAUUUCAUGCCCAGUGCUACGGAUGAACUGUAGUAAUUGCAGGAUACUUUUCAUUGCUGCCUGUGGAAUCCAUAUCUGGAUUUACAACUAUGCCAAUCACAGAGCUGAAAAGGAAGUCAGAAAAAAUAAAAUGCAAAUAACUUUUCACCUGUACAUGUGAAGAGAGAGAAACUCACUUAUGAUCUCUCCCCAUUAUAAAUGUCUCGCCUUGCUUGAAGUACUCCUUGCAUUGUACUUGUGUAGAGUCUCUGCAGACCUUUAAACGGCACAGGUUGAAUAAAUUACUUUAAUCUAAUCCAUCAAGUUCUAAAUCUUGGUGCCCAGGUUUAUUGUGUAUCCUUAACAGCCAGGCAUCCCCUCUGCAUACCAGGGAGCAGAAAAAUAAUGUCCCACCAGAUAUUGUCUCUGUGCUUGCCUGAUGAGUUGGAGAACAGCAGAGGAGGAGGGUUAUGGGUUCAACGCUUAUUACCUUUCCUACAGAGAUGCAGCUUCCUGUUGGAAUAAUUAAUCUGUAAAUGAAUCCAUUGUGCCAUUAUGCAAAGAAAGACCAAUUUUUAAUGAUUUGUUUUUGUUGUUUCUUGUUUGUGGACUGUAAAAAAAUUAUUUCAAUUCAGUUACAGAAUACUGAAGCCUAUCUCCCAAGUUUUCCUAAUAAGGUCAGAUAGUCACAGUUGUGGGUUCCUGUUCUGCAGUUCCAGAUUUUGUUUUCUGGUGUUCUGCAUUUGGGCCACACCUGGGAAAUGUCCCCAGAAAGCACACCACAAUAGCAUCUUCAGUCGCACUCACGGUGUGCACAGUGACCUUAGGGCUCUUAGACCUUGGCAGAAUAUUUCAGAAGCACUGUGUUAGAGGGUCUGGUCACGCAUCUGGCUGGCUGACAUACCCUUUUUUCAGAAGGCCUGCCCUGCAUUGCUGCCCUCCCUUGUGUCUUGCCCACCACACACCUCAUGUCCACCACUUCAGAUAAAAAUCAGAAAGCAAUACACAAACAUGUAUUCUAAAUGCAAUAAUGCUGUGUUAAAGGCUUAGAAGCCUGCCCCUCCCCCCAAAUAAGGAGUAAAAAAAAAAGCCUAAUUACCUUUUCUCCCUUGAGGCACCAGUCUCCGCACCACCAUCCCACCUCCAUGAGUAAGAUCGUCAUGAUUUAGGAUUUCCCAAAGGAAAGCAUUGGAAGGCUGGUGCGGAAGUGCGACAAAACACAACACUUUUUUAACCUGAUUGAAAUAGCAGACUUUCAGAGUGACAGCCACAAGGGGCAUUUAAACCCAGCAAGGUAUACAUUGCUGUUCCUGUAGAACAACAUCGCUUUACUUUGAAGGGUUAACCAUACAGGACAUGACACCCAGACCACUUUAUUGACAUGAUGUUGUCUGGUUGCCUAUAGUGAAUGCAGACUAAGGAACCACGCACACACAAAAUACAGGAAAGCAUAAAUUGAAGAGAGACUCAGGAAGCAGUUUAAGCAGUAAGUAUUGCAGUUAAAAUUGAUAUCGGACCCACCGAUAUUGGGGUACUGUGUUGUAGUUGUGGUCUUAACACAAUAUGGCCACAUGGUGUAACUGAAUCCCCAUAUUUGUUUACUGAGAUACGUGGUUUUAACCCCUUGAGGACCAAACUUCUGGAAUAAAAGGGAAUCAUGACAUGUCAAACAUGUCAUGUGUCCUUAAGGGGUUAAGCUGUAUUUGUUUUUUGUGUGUUCGCUGUCCCUUAGUCUGUAUUUUGUAUAUAUUUUUUUUAUUGUCUGUACGGCAGCACCACUACUUAGGAAUGCAUGUUCCGGGUGUGCCCCCAUGUCCCCUUUUUUCUGGGUGCCUAUAGUGUCCCUUUAAGUAAAUGAAUAUUUUGAUAUAUGAUUUAUUCCCUGUGUACCAAAUGUUUGCAUAGUCUUCUCUUUUGCGAUAUACUAUCCUUUCUAUACUGUAAUAUGUUUUCAUCUUCUUUGCUCAGAUGUAUAUGGUCAAGGUGGGAUUUAGAUGUAUGUGGUCACGGUGGAAUUUUUGAAAUUCCAAAGAAGACCCUGUAGGAAAUUUGAGCAUUUUCACCGAGUGUAAUUUAUAGUUGAGCCAUCAGCUUGUUUUAUCUGAGCUUGUGGUUAUCGGUGAAUAAUAUGAAAACCGUAAAUAAAUGUAAGCAUUGUUUCUUAAUGUAAAAAAAAAAAAAAAAUCAAUUUUAAAAUCAAUUUUCUAAAAAUUAUUACUAUGCCCUUUUGUCUCUAAUUUGACUUUGACUGGAAUGUUGCUAAGACAGAUUUUUUUUUUACUUAGUUAAAAUUUCAAAAGCCACUUACUCUAAAUGUAUUUUUUAAAACAUUAUAUUAUUCGCGGCACUGAAAAAUAAUUUCCAUGUUAAAGGGGUUUCCUAAUUUAUCAGUAAACACUGCAGUGAGUCCUAUUGCAAAAUAGAUAGAAUCUUAACGUACCUCCACCGGCCUCCAACUGGAGGAGUUAAAAUUCUAUAAAUAUAUACGUAUUGAGCUGGAAACCCUGUAUACUUACCUAAGACAAAUCUGUUAAGAUAGCUAUGCAUGCUACAAUUUUCUUUAUUUUUGAUUAUAACUGUGCUAAUGGAACAGUUAAUAAAUGGGUGAAUGUGUUCCAUAUUGGGCCCUAGUUCAGGACAAUGUGAUGCCAUGAUUCUGAUACCAAUACCCUAAUCAUGGUCUAUUUAGCGCUUUGUGUUCCUGUUGCCUUGGGGAAGCAUUUAGUUUCUAACACCUACAGGUCACUGACUGUCUGUCACUACAAAAGACGUGGAGGUUUUCCCAUCUACCAGUAUAUCCGUUACAUUACAGAAGCUUUUUUCCUAAAAAAAAUUCAGGCAAACUAGCAGAGUUGGAAACAUCUCCAUAUUUACUAAUCUGGAGAGUUCUUUCAAAUUCAGCUGGUCAUCAAUCAGCUCUUCACAAAUCACAGUUUAGUGAUAUCUAUAGCAAAGAUAAUUGCUCUCUGUAUGGUUCUCAAAGAUCUAAUACGUACGUAAAGGAUGACUUUGCCACUGAUUGCUUCAAGCAGCAAAGUCAUGCAAGUAGGUGUAAAUACAGUGCUCAGCAAGCUUCAACUAGUAUCAGUUAUAUUCUUACAUAUUCAUAAGAAAUAGCUUUGAUGUUGUAUUAUCAUUCAAUUACUCUUCAAGUAGAGACAUGUAAAGUUAAUGAAUGCAUGAAUAGGCUGGCUUUAAAACAAACAAGUUAUUAGCAACUACUCAUAAAAAUGAGAGUAAACAGGUUUAACACUUUGAGAGCUGUUAAAUCGUCUACAACCUCUCCCCAGCACUGAAGAGGUUAACAAUGAGUAACCGAAAAGAUCUGGGUUCUAGAAAAGCCAGACAGACAGAUAUCAUCACCCUGAGCGAGCGGUAUGGUUCCAAUAUAUUUAACGAUUACUAAAAAGAAAACCAAAUUGGGAAUAUUUAUUUCCUGCAUUAAGAACAUCUUGUGGAAAUGAAUCCUCUACAUCUGGGAGCAUAAUUUGAUUUGUUUAUAAUGUGUCUGUGACUCUAAUUUCUUUCUCUGUUUCUUUUGUCUUCUUUUUGUCUUUAGAUUUUUUAAUUGGUAGUGGCACAUCAUGGGGAAACAAACAAGCUAUAAUUCUGUGCGUUACACAGCUGGGUAUUUUAAAAUUCUUUAAAAAUGUCUGCUGUGCAUUUGGCCAAUCUGUUAAAUCCUCUGAUUACUAGAUAAUAAUAAAGGGGAUUUUGUUGUUUCAAUCACAGGUCACAGCUCCCAAAGGAUUGGUUCCUGUUUUCUAAGUACAGAUGCAGAGACCACUUCCACAGUAUUCAUUUUUAAAGGGAUCAAGAGAGGUCAAUAGACUGCUCCUAAAUGUCAGAUGACAGACAACAUGAGUUCGGUACAAUUCACUUUGAAAUCUAAUCUUGAAAAGACUAAAAAAAAAAGAAUGGACUGGAGUUAUAUGGUUUUGGGAUACACCGUAUAUUGCACAAAGUAAAUCCCUUUUUUCAUCCCCAAAUUACAAAGCACAAUUAAGGACAAAAUCGAUAAAUUAUACAACUAAGCUGCCAUCACAGCUUUUGCAAUUUGGUUUUCAAUUGAUUUCAAUUUGGUGUGUUCAGUUACCAGCUAGAAUUAGAUAAAUGAUGCUUAUAAGUUAAUCAUUUAAAAAAAAAAAAAAAAAGCCUUAGGAAAAUGUUUUAGUUUAUGCAGAACUUAAUGACAUAUUUUAGUUCGUCACUUUGUUACCUCACGUGCCAAAAUAAUUGGUAUUUUUGAAACUCCAGGUUUUAUACACUGAACCAGGGGUAGGCGACAUUCGGCACUCCCGAUUUUGUGGACUACAUCUCCCCUGAUUCCUUGCCAGCAUUAUGACUAUACGAGCAUAAUGGGAGAUAAGGUCUACAGCUGCCUACCCCGGCACUAAACUGUGAAUUUUGGAGAGAUGGUAUGGAGAUUUAAGAUUUUUUUCUCAAAUUAUGUGGAUGGAAAAUUGUAUUCAAUUCAGUUUUGUUUUGUUUUUUACAACUCCUCAGUUGUGACCUGAAAUUUGCAUAUCUGUUCUCAGUUCUUCAUAAUUCUAAAUUUGGUGAUUAAAAGGAUACUAUAGUGCUAGGAAUACAAUGUUGUAUUGCUAGCACUGUAGCUCCCUCGCGCAUUAGGCCCUUCCAAUAGGAAAGCAAUGCUUUCCUAUGGGGAUUUUACUGAGGCUGAAUGUUCUAACAUGCAGGAAGUGCCUCUAGUGACUGUCUGAUUGACAGCCACUAGAGGCAGUCUUAACCCUGUAAUGUAAUUAUUGCAAUUUAUCAGAAACUGCAAUCAUUAACAUUGGACUGUUAAGGUGACAGAUUGUCACUGCACCCAGGCCAGUUCAAUGAGUUGAAGUGGCAUGGGUGCCUAUAGUGUCCCUUUAAACUCUUUUAGGUUGUUCCUGCAAUCCAAACAUUGAUUCCAUCAAUGUUGCCCUCUCUGCAAAUCCUUGCUCCAGUUUAAUUUGAGGUUAAUGAAAUGCUAUGUCAUUUAUCAGUUUCUCGUGUGAAGUGCAUCAACCAAGGGUUAAAAUGACUUGGCAAAACUAAUCUAGACGGACUAUUAUUGACCCAAUCCAUUUAAAUGAAAAUAGGACUUCUCAUUGCUUUUCCUAUAAAUUAAUAAAGAACGAAAGCAAUGAUUUGACAGACCUGCCAUCUGCUGGCCACAACACCAGAAGGGAUUAUUUCAUUAUUUACUGUGCUGUUUUAUGAGAUGUUAAAACGUGCUUUUGAUUUCCAAGUAUUUCAUGAGAAAUCCAGUAAUGAUCAUGACGUCCUGUUCCCAUUAGUGGACAGUGUGCGCGCUCGCAUAAUUUCUGGAUGGUUUACAACAGUUGUUAAAUAACAAUUUUUAUUUUAUUUUGUUUUUAACAGAUGAAAAAAAAACAUUUGUUUUUGUUUAACAUCUUUAAAUCGUACGACUUACCAAUGGUUUGUAAAGACUGUGUGUCCAGUUGGCGGAAGAAAUAUCUUGUUUUUUUUGUCUUUUUUUAAGAAAAAUGCAGUCUUGCUUAAAACCACAGAAUUCUUUAAAUAUGUUCUUGUUAAAAUAUCAUAUUGGCCUGGUUCACAAACUGAAAACCAUUAUUAUUAUCCUGGCAUGAUCAGAAUUUGUUGUUGUGAUAUUCUAACAUUGGACAGCCAGAGUUCAUUAUAUUUUUGGCUUUAUAACUCAACAGUUGCUUGUUAAGUGUGGUUUAUUGUAUUAUUAACCCAUUGUUAAAAAAGGUCAGCAAGAUUAAUCAAUUGGAAAACCAAUUUCAAUCAAGCAUAUUGCAUUUGAUAUACCUAUAGUGAGGCAUGAUGCAAUACUGCUGAAUCUUAUCACCAAGGUUAAAGGGACAGUGUAGUUGUCAGACUGUAGUAAUUUCCUGACAGCUAAGAAAGGUAAUUCUGCUGUGAGAACUGAAUCAAGACUUGGCUCUUCCAGGCAAGCUCCCCAAAUACUUCUCAUAGAGAGCAUUUGAUUGGAGGAGCAGGCAUGUGCUUCUCAACUCCAAUGCUCAUGUAUGAGAAGCAAUGGUUAGAGAGACGAAGAAUUGGUGUGACAUCGCAGGAAGUGAUUUGAUUGCCUGUAGGGACUAGAUCUCAGUGCUGGCAAAAAGGUAAAUACUACUCUUUUUUUUACUUUGAUUUGGUGGGGUGCUGUAUCUAAAUAUUGAGGAGAAGACUAUAGUGUUAGAAAUACAUUUUUGUAUCCAUAACACAAUAGUUCACCUUUAAGAUGAAGUACCUUUUUUUUUUUUUUAGGUGCAUCAAUGUGCAGUUUCAGGAUUCAAAAUGGCAUUAAGCUUGUAAACUUUACGUCAUGUCUUGUAUUUAGAAUGGUCUUUGAAGGGUUAAAAAAUACAAAAAGCAGAUAUAGAGAAGUGAUUGCAUAGUUAAAGGAAUCACCUUUGUUAAUAAGGUGAAACGCGAUCCCUUAUUAAUGCCCUAUGGGUUAGUUGCACUGUAAGCCGGGUCUAAUGGUUGGAAAUCCGUCUCCAUUAUUUGGUUUUAUGUGUCUUGUAAACUGAAUAUAUGCAAUUAACGCAAAGCCCCAAAGACACAGCGUUGCUCCUUACAAAUCUAGGAAAUCUCAGGCAAGGAUCAUAGAAAGAACAUCGCCCCUAAGCUAGUUUUCUGUUUCGCUGUCUAUAUUUCCAACAUCACUUAUUUUUACAGUUAUAAAUGAUAAGGUGUUAAAAUAAUUGAUUUAAAAUAUCUUUAAACAAUUAUAAGUAUCUGUCAACCACUAGAAAAAGUUGCUUCCAGCUUUAUAUUAUAUACAGUACAAAUACUUAAUAUCAAACAUUUAGAAGUAACCAUUUAUGCUGGCUUAACUUGCUCUUUCGUUGUAUUUGACAUAUUUAAUGUUGUGAUUUGUACAGAGAAUUAGGUGCCUUUUGUGGUUUGGACCAUAUUUCACUUUGAGGUAAUUAGAAUCAAGUUAAUUAAGAAUUGCUACAUUCAUAUAUUCCUUCUUUGGAAAAAAAAAAGUGUCUUAUACAACAUGUUCCAACAGGCUAUAUUGAGAAGGGAUUAGAACUAACCCGAAUACUCCAAUAACAGGAGGUGCCAAGAAUGCUGUUUCUAAAAGUAAGACAACCUGGCGGCUCUCGACAUGUUAGGAAAACUGGUCCAGCAAGAUUAAAAGAUACGUUGCAGUUAUUAUUUCGGGAAUCAUCUUGAAAGAUGUUAGUGAGCAUUUAAAACCAUGGAUCACGUUGAAUAGCAACUAGAUUCUAAGUACAGCUCGCUCAUUUUUUACUGGAGUGAAAAAUUUGGCUGAAAUUCAAGUGUUGAGGUAGACUUGGUUGACACCAAACAGAGGUUUAACAUUUAUCUAACAAUUCUUAUAAAUGGAAGUGGGGAAAAAAACACUUGCAAACAUGCAUCUGUACUGACACCACCAGAUUAACAUAAACCUGAAAAAGUUUUUUUUUUUUUAUAUGUCCUAUUUAAAUGUGACGCCGGGAAGGUGGGUUGUGUUCUUGCAAUUAGGACACUGGCGUUAAAAUCCGAACAGAUUAACGGCAUAGCUUUUAUGGCAAUAGGGAGCUAAUGUUCACUGAACUACAUAGUUCCUUAAAGUUUUUUUGAGGAUGUACAGCAAUAAAUUUAAAUAAGUCUCUUAAUAUUUUGGAUAACAUCUAAACAUCCUUAUUGAUUUAAUUUAGAGAGCCCAUUGAACAUAACACAGAAGUCACAGAAUGGUUUCAUAACCCACAAUAAAAACUCGAAGCAAACUGGUUGAUUCAAGGGUGAUCUACUUGUUUUGCAAGAUAAGCACUUCUAUUUUAGGUUAGAAAUUCCUGGCUACUAGCAACCUCGACUGGCUUUCCUGGUAAGCAAUGUACACACUUGUUGGAGUGUCUUAAGAUUAAGGUUGCCUUAGGACAAAAAGUAUUCACACACAAAGGCUCCAUAUUGAAUAGGAAAGACUCCGUGUUAAGUUACAUCCAGGGAUGGUAUACCUGCUGAGCAAGCUUGCCUUGGGUGCAUUAUAAUUAGCUAUUAGCAGCAAAAUAAAAGAUUAAAACACAAGCAUUCUAUUGCUCCAAAUCCUUGAAUUUCAACAGAAAACCAGAUACAGCUUGUACCAGAUACUGCUGGCCUUGGGUGAAUAUAGCUCUUUUGUGUAUAGGUGCGUGAAACAUUUGUUAUCUAAAGUGUUCUGGAAAUCAUAUCUCAAAGCACUAUUCAUAUAAAGCUGCCCCAUUUAUUAAAGUAAAGAAAAUUGCCCCAACAAGUGUACUUCACAUUUUUGGGGGGGGGGGUUCAUUUCAGUUGACAGCGCACUCCUGCCGGCAAAAUGGUUCAUUCCGUGCGCGGCCCAUGUGACAUCAGAGGGGGGGGGAUUUUGUUAUUAUGAUUAUUAUUAUUAUGUGUAUAGUAUUAACAUGUGUAGCAGAACUAUACAAUGGGAUUUAUUGGUGGCUGUGUCCUAUCUUAAAGAAAUUAACAUUUUACAUAAAAUUUUAUUAGUGAAGAUGAACUAAAUGUAAUAAGAAGAAAUAUGAUGAGAAUAUACAUUUUAAAUUAUUUCAGUAGUGCUGUUAUACAGUUUUUCUUACCUGACAUUGAAGUCUGUGCUGUUUAAAAAGAGCAGUUUUUAAUGUCUGCAGCUUUUAUCAUAAAAAAUAAAAUAAAAAAAAAAAUAAAAAAAAAAAGCAGUUUCCGUCUCAUUUAUAGUUUGUUUUUUUUCUAACUCUUUUGUGUACGGAAAACUUUAAAACAUCACUGAGCUGUAAUGUGGUGUUUUAGGAAGUUAUUUAAUUAAAAGGUUUUUGGAACUGAAUGUAAAUUAUCAAAGGAAAACCAUGUGUUUUGUCUUUGAUAAAAUAAACCCUACAGAUUGAUGAGGAUAUCAAUAUUGUAAUUUUCAAAGCAAGCGUACGAUUAUUCAAGAUGCUGAGAUUAUGUAGGAAUGUAGACUAUUGUAGUGACAUACUUAUGUAAGUGUAGCAAAAUAUUCUUUGUUCCAAAGAAAAGAACAUUUCACGUCUGUUGACUAAAAACAAAAUUUUGCCUGUUUUGAAUUGAUUUUUAAAAUUCCUUCUUUCUGGUGGUCUGGGAAUCAUGGAAAUAUGUACUUGAUGGUUAAAGUUAUGUCUGUUUCAUUUAAAUCCCAAUUAAUAUGUGCUAACAUUUUUAAUACUUAUUUUUUUUCUUCCUGCAGGUUCGUGUUUUUGUUAACCAGCUGUACCAGCCAGAGGUAGUCAAAGAUAUAUCAAGUAACCCGGAUUUGAAGGCAAUCCGAAUUGCUUCUGUCAAUCCCAUUUUGGAUCCUUGGAUUUAUAUAUUACUGAGGAAGACUGUGCUAAGCAAACUGAUUGAAAAGAUAAAGUGCUUGUUCUGUAGGAUUGGAGGAGGUAGACGACCUCAUUCAGCAGGGAGCUUUAAUUGCACUGAGGGUAGAAGGGCCUCAUCAGGCCUUUCGAGUCACUCCCCGUCUUUUGUUUCCCGGGAGUUACGAGAAGUUAGUUCCACUUCCCAGACUUUAUUAUAUCCUCUAGAACUGAGUGACGGUAGUUUCAAAGGUAGCACUGUAUUGCCUGGGGCUACAGUUGCCAUUAUCCUGCCUGGAACCACAAAUAGGACGUUGGGUGGUUCUGACCAAUCUGUCUCUUCUGAGGGACCAGACUCUGAGCAAAUUUUGCUAGUAGAUGAAAUACGGACAACACAGACAACUUCAAAUAGAACUUCACCAAAAGGGAAUCCACUCCACGUCACUUUUCCCGAUGACGCACUGAAUUUAUCAGAAAAAUGUAUAUAGGAAUUCCAGAUACAAUGAUGGAUACAAGUUUAUUUUAGCAAGCGUGCAGUCAGCUCCUAACAUGGUGCUCCGUUCUCCUUGCACAAGAUCAUAAAUCAACGCCUUUCCUGUGACAAGGACUCUCUAUGUCCAGUCUUUAUAUGGUACUUGUAUUUCAGGUGGUAGAGGGAGGUAGAGGUAACUAGUGACUUGCUCCUUAAUUCUAAACAACAGAAUUAGGUUUGCCUGAAGCAUUGUUUCACCUUUUCAGACAUUCACCUCUGGCACCCUUUUUCAGUUACUAGACCAACUUUUAACAGAAGGUGUUUUUCCUGUAAAGGGUCAAAACGUUUGAUUGCUCUAUUUUGCCCAAUUUUUGCCAAUUUCCAGUGCAUUUUCUAGGGCAAAUUAAAAUUGUCCAAUGUAUGAUGCCAUUGUGGCCGGCUAAAGCUUUAAAAUGUGAAUUUUUAUGGAUAAAUAUUUGUGUUUGUAUACAGAAUGUACAUGUAUUUAUUGUCUUCUCUGUGAGAAGGAUUUUGGAUCAAAAUGUCUACUUAAAAAAUUGAAAUGGAAUAUGCUCUUUAUUUGUUUUUCAAGAAUCUCCAUACAACUAGAGGUAUUGUUAAUGUCCUAUUACCACUUUGCACUAAAUUAAAAAUAUUACUCAUAUCAAAUUUAUCAUAUAUAUAUAUAAAAAAAGAAAUAUAUAGAAUUAAAUCUGGAUAAAUUUCAAGAAUACAAUUGCUGUAAAGACACAACCCUCUCUGACAUAGGCUACACAAUAAUUUGUAUUUAUUAUCAUACUAAUUUAUUUACUUUAUUGCCCAAUUGAACAAUGAAAACUCUUAAUGGUCCAGAAGAAGGGGAAACAUGGUUCUAUAGCUCUUGUUGGACUAUAUCUGUCUUAGCCAACUUUGAUGAAGGUUGUUCUGUCCAACAGGAGCUGGAUAAACUCAUGAUUGAUUGCCGUCUAAUACACUAUUGUAUCCAUGAAUCAAGAAUAUUUUAUUAUAAAUUAGAGGUACACAAGCAGAUACCAAAAAAGUUUGUCCACAAAGGUAGAGUUAGACCAAGAAGUGGAUAUUUUUUGGUUCUAUAAUUUGUUUUAUAUAAUAUGUUGGACAACUUAUGAUGACGAUGAUGAUGAAGAUAGUUGUUAUACAGUCACAACUAGAAAACAACAUCGGUGGGCUGUACCAUACUAUUGCAUCCUAAAAUCAUUAAUAGUUUAUCAUAAAUGUAAGAGAGGUAAACAGACUAACUAAGAUCUGUCCCUCAAAUAGAGUCAUUUGUCUAGUUAGAAACAUCAACUCUUUGACAGAGUUGGGGGACUAUCAGCUCAAAAGCUAAUGUUAGAUUAAACCAUGAGGUUUUCUGGAUGUGAGUUUCGGGAAACAUAGUCCGAUAAAAUAUAAAAGGUACCAUAGGUUCUUGUCCCUGCUUAUCUGCAAAUGGCAUGUUGGAGAUUUGUUUUGGUAUAAAAAAAGCUAAUUUGUGAACAUUUGCUGUUUGUAAAAACUAAUGUUUCUUGUAGAAAAACAAAGGGUCAUUUUGAAAUUCUGUUCUAGCUCUUGGUAUUGUUUGAUAUUUUUGUAAGCGUGCGUAAAAAGAGGAUUGUAGAAAUGGCAAUGCUUUUGUAACAAUCCGUCAUCUACGUAGAUACAAUUCCACAAUAAAAGUUGGAGACGCCGACUUGCUCUCCACUGGGGUAAAUAGCAACACUUUGGAAAACAAUAGAAAUAUUUUUUUUCUGUUCUCGCUAAAGCAAAAUAUAAUUGUUUCCUGCUGAGUAAUAUUUUACCAGACCAUAAAAAAUAAAAAAAAUAAAAACUUAAAAUUGCUGUUUGCACAAUGUUGUUGGCUUAAAACCUUUAUGGCCAUACACUAGUAUCUUAGGAAAGGGAAUAAACAAACAGACAUUAAAUAUUUAUAUUUAAUGAAAUAUUUUCCUCUCGAUUGUCUCUAUUGUUGAAGAGACAUAGUUCUAGGCUAUACCGGCGUACUUAUCUGUCUAAUGUUAUUGUUACUUUGAUGUAAAAAUAAAAUGGGACUUUAGCACUUACAACAUGUGGUCUCACAUUUUGUAUUAAUAUUUAGUAUUUGCUGUUAACCAGUAGAUGGAUCAACUAUUAAGGGCAGGUUCUAGAGCCAGACCUCCAGCAGAUGAACUACAAUGCAUCAUUCUCACGCAUACCAGCCGAAUGACUACAAUAUUCCUGCUUCCAGCAGCUAGAAGGCUGUUAAUUUUUUACCAGAUCUCGUCUACAGCCUGUGGUUUGUAUCUGUCCAGAUGCAUUGUAGCUCAUUAACAGUCAGAAAGUUGACUUUGGUUCCCAGUGUCUAGAUGCUUUAAGGACACUAAUGAAAUUAGUGACAAUUUUGUGUUCGUGACAAUUUUCAGUCACAUUCUCAGACUACUCAGUCAAUGGACUAUUUCUGCCUCUUGAUUUCUUCUUUGAAUAUUUUGUGAAUCCUGAUAUUUGAAGAAUUUUUAGAGAAAAUUAAAACCAUCAAAUAUGCAUGUUAUGUGUCAGUGGCCAUGUGAAUUGCUUUAUUGUAACUACAGUCGGAGUCUGUGUAAGUACAAAACUUGUAUUGACCAAAUGUUUUAUUUGUUUGUUGUUUCUUAUUUUUUUUAAUUUUUUUUUUGCAGUUUGAGACUUGGGGUAAUCACAAUAAAAUUGCAUUGUUAAGCUUAUUUGUUUACGUGUUUUUUCUUUAAUCUUACUGGUUGUCAUA